GUUUAUGUGAGUUAAUGUCAUCCAUGGCCAAAUUGAUUGAACGGCGCACACAAAGCAGAGGAAAGAGCACCUAUCUAAUAAUGCAGCAGCAGCAUAGAGUCACAUCCAAUCACUCCCUCAGUCAGUCACUCACUCACUGACAGGCUCUGUAGGCAUCAAUCAGAUGCAGACGAGAAGGCAGCGAGGGAGAGGGAGGCAGGGAGGCAAAGAGGGAGGGGGCACUCACACGUAGGCAGACGGCGACCAGCAAUGCAAUGCAAUGCACACCCAUGAUGGCUACACAACACAACCGACCGACUAUGAAGGGAGGAAGAUACAUACAUACAUACAAAGGUGCCACGGAAUUACAUACGGAAAGAAGACCGACGGCAGCCACCUAGCCUAGCCACUCCCUCUCUGUGCAUCCAUCGUAUCGCUCCUUCUAUCGCAUCCAUCGGUUCAUCCAGCCAUCCAGUGGUUCACUCAGGCAACGGGUAUUUUUUGUCCCAUGAUGAAGUCGACGUGUUCCUUCCACUCCUCCAUCUUCCACGCCGACGAGAUGCUGCUGUCGACGAUGCCGUUGACCAUGAAGGACGGCGUCACGUGGAUCCCGUUCUGACGACCGUACUUGCUGCACACAACACAACACAACACAACACAACGCAUAGAUAGAUGAACAUCAAGGCCACACACAAUACAGAGGGCGUUGCGUACGUGUGGAACUUAAUCUCCUGCAUGACGUCACUGUGGUCGGCGCUCGCCAAUGUCAUCUUGGGGUGGAAACGAUCUGACAGAGAGACACACACAGCCACAUGGGUCCAGUCAGUCGGAUCGUUUCCACGUUGCUGUGGGUCCGUGACUGACCUUCCGGCACGCCCAGUGAGGUGGCAAUGGGCGUGAUGUCCUUGAGAAAGUCGGCGUACGACAUGUCGGCCACAAACUGAUCCGUCAACUCAGCUGAGCCAUCCCAUCAUGCAGACAGACGCACACACACAUAGCAUACAACAUACCAACAGCCAUCCAUCAGCGACAGAAGAGCCUACCCCUCUUGUUGAAUAAGUUCGUCAGGAACUCGAAGUACUUGUCCGGCGACACCUGCAAUCACUCACAGACAGGCAGACACACAGAUGACACGCAGAUGGAUGGACAGCCGGCCGGCCGCACAUCCCGAUGAGCGCAUCUACCUGUUUGACUGAGAUGGCAGCCAUGUUGGCCAUGCUUGAUUGAAAGUGCCAGGGCUGACAGUAGUGGUAGACGGUGAUCUUGACCGAACCCUUCACCUCCGGCCAGAUCUCACUGAUCCACGACUUCCAGAAUUUCUCACUGAACGGACACCUGCACACGCACACACACACACACAAUGAAGCACACACACAACACAAUGAAUCACGUUGUCCCUUCCUUCCUUUCGAGCUGCAUGCGCGCCUCCCUGCAUGUGACUAACGGUGUCCGUGUGAUGUGGUGCGCGUGUCAUGGCGCGUACAUCAUGUCGAGGAAGCACUCAAUAUGGAUGCAACCGUGGCCCAUGGUUGAGGCCCAUCCCUGUGUUCUCGGCGAGGGAGGCGGCAU